GUAUAGAAACGUUGGCCAGUGCCGCAUUUGCGACACGUGCACACAUAUAAGCCGUUGCUAGUGACGCGCGAUCCGAGGGUUGUGAGUUAAUGGCUAUGGCGUGUAGUGUGGGUGCCGGCGCCGCCAGGAAGCCGCCGAGGAAUGGCAUUGGCAUUGGCAUUUGCAGCAGCAGAGCGGCGAGAUUGCAAGCGAGAGCGGCGUCUCCACUGCCCGCCGAGUUUGGAUUCGUGGCGCUCACAGCAGCAUCCAGCGCUGUUCUUACGCAAUGGCAAGCGGUCCAGGUGGGAAUCCAGCGGCGAAAAGUGGGAUUGAAAUAUCCACAGAUGUACGAGGAUGCCGAGAAAUCUGUGUUUAAUUGCUACCAGCGAGCGCAUCAAAACACGCUCGAGAGCUACCCGGCAUUUCUGGCGCUGCUGCUUGUGUCGGGCUUGGGCUACCCGAUCACCGCGUCCGUCUUUGGAAUGGUAUGGGUGAUUGGACGCGUCGUCUAUUCGCUCGGAUACUACACCGGCGAUCCAGACAAUAGAUUCAGGGGGAUCUGGAAUGCAUUUGGAUUGCUGGGUCUCCUCGUCACCUCGAUCGUGUUUGGAAGCAGUCAGGUCGCGGCCAUUUUCUUCCCUCGCGUCUCGUAAACAAAAGCUUGUAAGUUUUCUCUUUGUCCGAUUCCCAGAAUUUGGGAGCUUUCUAUAGUCUAUUCCAAAGCAUCGAAUAUAUGCGCCGGCACCAGGUUAUAUUCCAUCCA